AUGCGUUGUCUUAUUGCUUUGGCUACUGCUCAGCGUUGGUCCCUUUCUCAACUCGAUGUUAACAACGCCUUUUUACAUGGCGAUCUUCAUGAGGAGAUUUAUAUGACACCUCCUCCUGGUCUUCGGCGACAAGGGGAGGAACAUCUUGUUUGUUGCCUUCACAAAUCUCUAUAUGGUUUGAAGCAAGCAUCUUGGCAGUGGUUUGCCAAGUUUUCAGAUGCUAUACAAUCAGCUGAUUAUGUUCAAUCAAGAGCUUAUUAUUCGCUAUUCACAAGACGACAAGGCAAGUCCUUUACUGUUCUUCUAAUAUAUGUUGCUGACAUUCUAAUUACUGGUAAUGAUUCUGAUAGUAUUGUUGCACUCAAGAAAUUCCUGCAUAAUCAAUUUCAUAUUAAAGACCUGGGUGAUUUGAAAUAUUUCCUUGGCAUCGAAGUCUCUUCCUCAGCUCAUGGGACUUUUAUUUCCCAACGCAAAUAUGCCUUGGAGAUUAUUAAAGAUGCAGGCUUGUUAGGUGCAGCCCCUGUUGAUACUCCCAUGGAGCGUGGCCUAAAGUUGUCAAAUAAGAGUGAUGUUCUUAAAGAUUCAUCUUGGUACAGGAGGCUAGUUGGAAGGUUAAUUUACCUUACUGUCUCAAGACCUGAUAUUACUUAUCCAGUUCAUCUUUUGAGCAGAUUUAUGCAUGAGUCACUCAAAUGUCACAUGGAGAGUGCACUCCUUGUUGUGAGGUAUCUUAAGGGUGCUCCAGGUCAAGGGUUGUUCUUUUCAUCUAGUAAUGACCUCAGGUUGCGUGCUUUUUGUGACUCAGAUUGGGCAGGAUGUCCAUUAACUCGAAGAUCAACCACAGGUUAUUGUGUUUUUCUUGGAUCUUCAUUAAUCUCAUGGAGGUCAAAGCGACAGAAAACUGUGUCGCUUUCUUCAGCCGAAGCGGAGUAUCGAGCAAUGACAGGUGCGUGUUGUGAAUUAACAUGGCUUCGAUAUCUCCUUAAAGAUCUAGGGGUAUCGCAUCAACAACCUGCCUUGUUGUAUUGUGACAAUAAGGCAGCAUUGCACAUUGCAGCCAACCCUAUUUUCCAUGAAACAACUCGACACAUAGAAAUGGACUGCCACUACAUCAGAGAUAAAAUUCAAGAUGGCUCAGUUGCAACAAAGUUUGUGAGUUCUACACAUCAGUUGGCUGAUAUCCUUACCAAAGCCUUGGGAAAGGAAACUUUCCUUCCUUUGAUUCGCAAGUUGGGCGUUCGGGAUAUCCACUCUCCAACUUGA